AUGACGGAAACAAAAGAAAUUAAACAAGACAUUAACAGUUAUGAAAAAUUACUCCUUUUGGAUACAGAAAACUUAGCUUCUUUUCAAAGUGAUGACCAAAAAGAAAAUAUUAUGUUUACUGAGAAUCCUAGUAAUGAAAUAAUAAUUCUGAAGAAUAGAAUCAAUGAGUUGUUAUUUCAGAAUGAAGAGCUUCUUAUCAAACUUAGAGCUAUGGAACAUUUAUUUAAUGAAAAAAGACAAUCCCAGAAUUCUAGUUUUAUUCAAGUCAUUAGAAAAAGAUUACUUGAAAAAUGUAAAGAAAGUCAUGAUCUUGAAGUUGAAAAAAAUCAUGUGAUUGGAGAGUAUGAAAAGAUUAGUGAUGCUUAUGUUGUAUUAAUGAAACAAGAACAAGAAAACUCUCAAAAGAUUAAGUUUUUUCAAGAAGAAACAAAACGUCUAAACGAAGAGUUAAUUAGUAUGUCUGAUGAAAAAAGUCAAUUUGAAACAGCAAUAAGCCUAAAAGACCAAGAAAUAUUAAGACUAACAAAAUUAAUAAAUUUAGACCAGAGUAAAUUAUUUUUGAUCAAUCAAUUAAAAGAAAAAGACAAAAUUAUUGAAGAAUAUCAACAGAGAGAAAAAGCAAGUAUUACAAAAGAUAACUUAAAAAAGAAAAACAUAUUAGAACAACAAUAUGACUCAUUUUAUAAAAUCACGUGUUAUUUAAAAUCACUUCAUAUCAUAGAACGAAUUAAUAGAACUAUUUCUACACCAAAUCAAAUUUUUGUUCAUCAAAGAUUGAAAAAAAACAAUGAAAUAGAACUUAUUAUUUUUUGUUCUAAUCCACAAGUAAAGUUUGUUCUUAUUCAUGAAGUUAAUAAUUUAAUUAACAACCAAUUCAUUUCUGGUGCAAUGUUAGUAGAUGGGAUUUGCUCUAUUUAUUGUUCAAAGGGAAUAUAUCAUAUUUGUGGAUAUUGUGAUUCUCUUCACAAUAUUAUUUGUAAAGAAAUAACUUUAUAA